AUAUACUUCUACAUUUCUACUCAACUCAACGAGUCGAUCGACAGCAGCAAAAAUAUGUCCCUACUUAAAUAUAUAUCACUCACCAUUACCCUUAUAGCUAGCUGCAAAGCUAGUGGGGUGGGACAUUUUUUCCCUGCAAUAAAAUCAGUACCUGUGGUCCGUUACGCCCCAUUUUAUAGUUUUCCGAACGUACGAUCUAUCCAUGCCAUUGCACCGGCUGUAAGAGCGGUUGCUCCAGCGGUCUUAGCUCCAGCGCCAUUACCAGCUCCAGUACUACCAGCUCCUCCUCCAUUAUAUCCUGCUCCUGCACCAGUCUUAAAAGCUUCAUUCCUGCCAGUGCCAUUACCCGCUCCGGUAGCGGCCCCUGCUCCAGUGUUUGCCCCAGCUCCCGCUCCAGUUUUAUCAGCAAUACCUAGAUACGCUCUACCCGCUGUCCCUUUCUCACCGAUUAUAAGACCUGUGGCUCCUGCUCCUGUUGUACCAUACCCAGCUCCGGCCUUUGCUCCUGCACCAGCCCAAGUAUUCGCCCCUGCCCCGGCCCCAGUAUUCGCCCCUGCCCCGGCCCCAGUAUUCGCCCCUGCCCCGGCUCCAGUAUUUGCUCCUGCCCCAGCACCAGUUUUUGGACCUGCACCUGUAUUACCACAUCAUCAUUUUGUAAAGGCUGUAUAUCCUGCCCCUGCUCCCCUAUUGGCACCACAUCUGAUAAAACAAGUGGCAUGGAAGUGAUUACUCUUAUUUCGAAUGAAAUAUUAGUCUUAAAAACUAUGUUGUUAUGUUUGUAAAGUAUAGUCAUUUGUUGUUUUAUUUAAGGUAUUUUGUACUAAUAUACAUUUUGUAAUGAAGAUAGAAAUUUAUUUCCUUGCAAACC